AUGCGCGGCACGGAACUGGAGACACACAUGGAUGGGCGACGGGGACCACCCCCGGCUCCGACCCACCGUCCCUUCAGCCCCCAACUCCCCCCCGCAGAGUCUCCCCCUGCUCCCCCUCCUGCUCCCAGUCCUCACCGUUGCACCGACUGCGGCAAAACCUUUGGUGCCCGCUCCCGCCUGGCCGUCCACCGCCGUGUGCACACCGGGGAGCGCCCCUUUGCCUGCACCCAGUGCGGCAAGCGCUUCACCCAGAGCUCGGCCUUAGGCCUUCACCGUCGCUUACACACCGGGGAGAGGCCUCACGUGUGCACCGAGUGCGGCAAGGCCUUCACCGUGGCCUCGCACUUGGCCGUUCACCGCCGCGUGCACACGGGGGAGCGGCCCUUUGCUUGCGCUCAUUGCAACAAGCGUUUCAGCCAGAGCUCGGCCUUGGCUCUGCACCUCCGCGGUCAUACGGGUGAGAGGCCUCACGCCUGCAGCGACUGCGGCAAAGCCUUCGCCGUGGCUUCGCAUCUCACCGCUCACCGGAGGAUUCACACCGGGGAGAAGCCGUUUCCUUGCCCGCGGUGUGGGAAGUGCUUUCGGCAGCGCUCGGGGCUUGUCACUCAUCAGAGGGGGCACAAAUGCACCACGGAGACCCCCGAGGUGGACCCCCCCCCCAUCCUGAUGGCAUCUCCAUUGCCUCCACCAUCCCUAGAGCUGCACUGGGCCUGGGGGCUGCCCCCCACAUCCCUUCAGAGCGCUCGGAAGCCCUAUAAGUGCACAGAGUGCGGCAAAGCUUUCGGGCAGAGCUCGCAUCUGAUGCGCCACCUGGGCACCCACACAGGAGAAAAACCCUACAAAUGCAAUGGCUGUUCUAAAAGCUUCACCCAAAACUCCAACCUGCUCCAGCACCAACGCACCCACACGGGUGAGAAGCCCUACCAGUGCAGCGCCUGCGGCAAACGCUUUGCUUGGAGCUCCAACCUCAGCCAGCACCGCCGCCUGCACAGCGGCCUGAAGCCUUUCCAGUGCUCCCAGUGCGACAAGUGCUUCAGCGAGAGCUCCCGACUGGUGGAGCACCAGCGAACUCACACUGGUGAGAAGCCUUAUCUCUGUCCUGAUUGCCCGAAAACCUUCAGCCGCAGCUCACACCUCAUCCGACAUCGCCGCCUCCAUGAUGCUGAGCAGGGACCCGGCCUGGCCUUGCAGCUCUGAGGGGCUCCCUGGGGUGAUGGAGGCCAUGAUUCAUAUUGGAACGUGGUUUGCCCUCAUCCGCCACCUCCAUGAUGCUGAGCAAGGACCCAGCCUGGCCUUGCAGCUCUGAGGGGCUCUUUGGGGCCAUGAUUCAUCUUUGGAAUGAUGAUGGAGGCCAUGAUUCAUCUUUGGAAUGAUGAUGGAGCCCAUGAUUCAUCUUUGGAGUGACGAUGGAGGCCAUGAUUCAUCUUUAUAACAUGGUUUUCCAUCAUCCAACACCGCCGCCUUCGUGAUGCUGAACAAGGACCCAGCCCAGCCUUGCACCAAGGGCUCUGAGGGGCUCCCGGGGCCCAUCAUUCAUCUUUGGAAUGAUGAUGGAGCCCAUGAUUCAUCUUUAUAACAUGGUUUGCCCUCAUCCGACACCGCCGCCUCCACGAUGCUGAGCAGGGACCCGGCCUGGCCUUGCAGCUCUGAGGGGCUCCCAGGGCCCAUCAUUCAUCUUUAUAACGUGGUUUGCCCUCUUGGUGCCCAUCAUCAAUAGGAAGAUUGAUGGAAGACCCACGGCGUGACCUACAGCUAUUGCAGCCCUUCUGCAUUGGCCCCUAUGAGGGGGGUUUGACCCAGUGGGUGUUUUGACAUGGAGAUAAAGAUAUCAGCAAGA